CACUUACUCUUACACGUCCGUAGGUAAAGUAGGUAUAUAGUUCAAUUACUUGUAAUUAUUAUAAACUUUUUUCAUUACUAUCUCAUUUCCAACCCCAACGCCUACGGUGUCCAGUACAUUUUGUUACAUUAAUACAACGGUACAAUAGUUAAUAGUAUAUUUCUCUCCAAUUCUUCAUCAUUGCCGCCACAACCCGAUUGUUGGUAAUUUAAUAUUUCACAAUUAAAUCACGUUAUCGUGUCGAUUUUUGUUUUUGUUUUGUUUUAUCGUUUUUUCCCUCCUUGUCAUGAAGAUAAUGUUUUAUCGAAGCGUAAAGACGACGCGAUACGUUAUAGAGUAACAGAUGACCAGAUGAUUCAGUAUUCCACUAUGUUGUUAUAAUUUAAGAAAAAAUAAAAAGAAACUUGAAAGUGACGUCAAUGGUUAGGUAGUGGAAGGUAUUAUUGUGUUCAAGACACGGUUUCAGAUAAGAAAAAAAAAUUAAAGAAGAAAGUGCACAUUGACAUUUUUAUUCGGCAUGCGCCCCUUAUCUCUUGUUUCUAUAGUUUUCGCCUAAUCACGUUUUUAUCCCAAAACAAGAACUUUUAUAAAUAGACGUCCAGUGUUGAGUUUUAUUUGCUACGCAUUUUACAUCUUUCUAAGUCAUGGCAAAAGGUAAAAAGAAACGUAACCGUCAAAGUUCUAACGCUCCCGUUCCAGAUCUGUUAAAUGCUGGUGAUUCGUCAGAUUCGGGAGAAUUUAAAAGUCAAUCAACAAACAUUCUCAAACAUCCUUGUUCUCAUGUCAACAAAGCUGUCAAUUUUAAUAAUGUUCGUAAACGUUUACAUAAAGCUGUAUUAGACUUUUUAGAAUGUUCAGAGCCAAAUUGUAAAAACCACAACUUAGAAGAGCUAUAUAUUUGCAUACAAUGUGGAUCAUUUCAUUGUUGUAGCCUUGACACUAAUCAUAUUCUCAAACAUCAAAGUACUCCAAGAAGUGAUAGCCAUUCCAUUGCUGUCAACAUUGAAAGUUUAAUUAUUUCGUGUCACGAUUGUAAAAAAGAAAUAUCUGUAACCAGCUCUAAGAAACUUCAGUCAAUUAUUGAUUUAAUCAAUCACAUGAAAGAAUUGCCAACAGGUAAACAUAAAAUGAACAGUCUUCCAGUACAAGGUUGUCCAACUAAAGAAAAUGCUCAACUUGAUAAAUUUGUUUUAGACAAUUCUCUAAAAAAAUGUAAUGGAGUUAAUAAAUCUGAUGAUGAAGAUGAUGAUGAUGCACCAUUGUUGAAGAAAACAUUUGAACCAUCUGAAAGUAUUAUUAAUAAUGUUGAACGUUCUAGAAGACCACCUAGAGGUUUAAAUAAUUUAGGAAAUACCUGUUUCUAUAAUUCAGUUUUGCAAUGUCUAGCACAAACACCAUUUUUAAAAAAUGUUUUACUUGACAAUAGUGAAUUUGGUGAACCAAUAACCAUUCAAUUAGACAAUGAAGAAAUUACAGUGCUACAAGAGAAAUGGAGUCCAUUAACUGAAAAUUUAUGCACUACUCUUCAAGAAAUUACCAAUGGACGUGAUUCAACUUUCACGCCUAGUGCACUUUUAGAUUCUUUAAGAAAGAAAUGCAAAAUGUUUAUUGGUUACAGUCAACAUGACUCUCAUGAACUUCUUAGACAUCUAUUAGAUUCUGUGCGAGAUGAUGAUUUAAAGCGAUAUCAAAAAACAAUUUUACAUCAUUGUGGUUUGUCCAUGAGAGCUGAUCCAAAAGAUAUUGAUGAUAAAAAAGCUGCAAAAGCUAAAGAGCUUACCAAAAAAUUGUUGCAAGAUUUGCUUUUACGUCCUGAUCAUGUUUUUAAAGGACAACUUUUAAGUGUGGUUCAAUGUCAAACAUGUGGCCAUAAAUCUGAGGUUACAGAAAGUUUUUUGGAUUUGAGUUUGCCAAUUUCAGCUGAUACAACGCAUUCUCUAACAUUCCAACGUAAAAAAGAUAAUGACGUUUUUAAUCAGUCCAAACAUCAAGCAAAAAAAGAACGUAAAUUAGCAUUAAAACAAGGAAGAAGAAAGAAACACGAACUCAAGCAAUUUAAUAAUAAAACUCAAGAAUCUUUAGUUUUGAAUACUGAUGCGGACAUAGAAGAUAAUAUGGAAAUUGAAACAAAUGAAAUUGAAAUGUCUGAUUGGAAGAAUGAAAAUAAAGAAAAUCCAGAAUCUGGUUAUGGUUCAGAAAAACAACCAUCUAAUGUUACUAGCCCUUCUCUGAGUAUUACAGAACUUACUACAUUGAUGAAUAAUACUCCACUGGCUGAUCAUGAUCAUCAAAUGGAUGCUGAUCGAAUUCUAGACUCUGAAAAGCCUAUGGAUUUGGAUUCAGUACUACCUGGUUGCAGUCCUACUAAUUGUCCAAGUUCACCUCAAGGUUCAUCACUUGAUUCUAUGCGCGCCAAUGUCAGUCCAGAUUACAUGGAUGUUGGAACAGAUAGUGCAAAUGAAAAUCAGGAGCGUAACAAUCCUACACCAAAUGUUAGUGACAACAAUAGUGAUGGUUUAUUUGAUGACUCUAAAAGUGAAGAUGAAAUUGAAGAUGAAGAAGAAGGUGAAUUUUCUCAAGAAUGUCCACAGGCUACAUUGCAACCAAAACCAAAAUGUAAAGAUGGCGAGUGUUCAGUUUUAUCUUGUCUAAACGAAUUUACGGAAUCAGAGAUAAUGACCGGUAAUAAUAAAGUUUCUUGUGAACGAUGUACCGAACAGUACAAACAAAGAACAAAUGAUAAAAAAACAAUUUAUCGUCAAAGUACAAAACAAAUGUUGAUUAGUUCUCCUCCUGCUAUUCUAAUAUUGCAUUUAAAGCGUUUUCAAAUGUGUUAUUCAACUACAAGAAAAAUGGCUGGAGAUGUAUCAUUCCCUUGGGUAUUAGAUAUUGCUCCUUACUGUUCUGUUAAAUGUCAAAAUAAAUUAAGCCCAGGUCAAAAUCGAAUAUUGUACUCUCUAUAUGGUGUAGUAGAACAUACCGGGUUCUUACACAGUGGUCAUUAUAUUGCAUACGUAAAAGUCAGGGAUGCUGUUAAAGAAGAUAGCUACCGCUUAUCAUUUUUAGAAGGUAGUAAGACGAAACUAUCUAAAGUUAUUGAUGGCAAUGAUGAUCCUUCACAUUUAGCACCAAAUGGUACUUGGUAUUAUGUUAGUGAUAGCUUAGUUCAGCAAGUAGAACCAGAAGCUGUUCAAAGAUGUCAGGCUUACUUGUUAUUCUAUGAACGAAUUUUAUAAUACCGUUAAUAUGUGUCUACAUUUUAUUCAAAAUAAAACAUUCGAGCCAGUUAAUGAUAUAGAAAAAUAAUAUGCCAACAAUAAAUCG